GUCAUCGGCUUGGUAGCAUCCGUGAAUUAGAACUUGAAAAAGCAUUGCGUGGUAGCAUCAAAACUGCUUCUGAUAUUGCUAAUGAUUAUAAAGUCCUGCAGGAUAUAUAUUUAGAGCGAGUGAAGGAUUUUAAUCGUAUCUGUUCAGGCUGUAAUAUUAAGUUUAGUCAGUUGAAUACAGCUAAUA